AUGUAAUGGAUCAGGUAAAUUACUGCAGCAACAUCUACAAGAUGGGAAAUUGGCCCUUGGAUCUGCUGGCUUCAUGGAGCAUACAGCAAGAGACAGGAAUGCUCAUUUCUUGCUGAGAACUGCUGCAUCGGUUGAUCCAUUGUUCAGAAGAUUUUUCUUGAAGUCAGAAGAGCUCUUACUUCGAUAUCGUCUUGAGUGUAGUUCAAGUUCUUUGCACUUCAUUGUGACGAAACUAUUGCAUGAAAUACAAUGUUCUAUAAACAAAGUAAAAAUAACAGAAGAGCAUUUGAAGUUCUUCACUGCAACUGCAUCUAUUGCUCAAGAUCUACUGCGUAUGGCAUGCAUUGCAGCCAAUGAGCGUUGUGGGCAAUGCCUCUGUAAAGUGCAGUGGGAAUUGGUGCCUGGCAUGGUCGCGUGUCGGAGUGUCACGCUGCACGCUGGUGUAUGCAGCAUCACCUGCAGGAGCGUCCCACAGCUCCUCGCUGAGCUGUUCAGCCUCUUGCUCUCGAGUGCCACGGGUCUCAUGGGCUCGCUCAGGCAGAUGGAAAGACUACAGAUGCUCCAUCCUGUGCUUCAUGCAGCCCUUUUGAGAGCUGUUUCAUCUCUGGGGCCUUUGCACCUUGAGUGGUCCUCAGACCCAACACUUGGCAGCUGCAGUGCCACGCCCCUGCAAGCCAGUGCCAUCAUGGCAGCUUCAUCUCACUUCCCUGCCUGCAUGCAGCAGCUGCAACAUUGUCUGCAUAAACAUCGUCGCCUGCCGCACCAUCAGCGCUACCGAUACAGCGUCUUCCUCAGGAGCAUCGGGGUGCCACUCAGCCAAAAUAUAGCUUUCUGGGAGAGUUACUACAGAGCAGCGGCUCACGAGCACAGCGCGUGUGGCCACAACUGGGCCCGCGACGGCCGACGCUACAUGUACAGUCUGCGUCACAUCUACGGUCUGGAGGGCAGGCGGGUGCCUGCUGCACCCCACAGCUGUGACAAGCUACAGAGCCUCUCCUCGCAACCAAGAGACUGUGGUGGUUGUCCUUUCGCGGUUGCUGCGGAUUUGGACAUCUCGUCUUCGACUCAGAAACCAUCCACAACUCUGAAAAUUCCUUCGUCACCUCGAUCCUCUAUGCUGGACAGCGUGUUGAUCAGUUGUGGUGUUCGGUCUCAUCAAGUUCGUAAGUCAAUUAUUGAAGUUGCGCGUGACGGACGGGCUUCAUUUGCCUGUAGGCUCACGUUGGCUGCCCUACUGGACCAAAGGGAGGAAGAUAAAUGCCAAGGCAAGAACCAUUACAGUUCUAAUACAUUGUCUAGUGCGGACUUUGAUCACGGCAAAAAAGCUUGCAGGCCUCAAAACGACGGUACGCUUGACAAUGUUUUGCAAACUGUUAACCAUAAAGCAAUCAUUCCAAGCAUUCCGGUACUUGGACAUGUGAGUAACGUUAGUAAGGAAAAAAACAUUCCCAAUCGUUGUGGUUCACACAAUUGUUCUAGCAGAAAUCCUUCCAGUGAAGCAGGUCGUGUCAGCAAAACAGACAUGAUCAGUAAGCGUGAGGCAUUGAAUCCUUUACUUAACGAUGUAAGAAAAUCUAGUGACAGCACUGUUGUUGAUUCCAUACCAAGUGUUGGAAAUGCUGUAAGUACCUGCAGUAACAGUAAACGACCAUGUAUAACUAAACAAGAAAGUAGAAAAAUUAGGAGAAUUGAAUCUCGUGUCCAGUUCGGAGAUAUGCCUGUGUUUAACGUCGGCAAGUCGUUUACAAGCAGCAAUGACAGUGUAAAGUCGCUUCUAAGCCCAAAUGACAGUGUAAAGUCGCUCCCAAGCCCAAAUGACAGUGUAAAGUCGCUCCUAAGCUCAAAUGACAGUGUAAAGUCGCUUCUAAGCUCAAAUGACAGUGUAAAGUCGCUUCUAAGCCCAAAUGACAGUGUAAAGUCGCUUUCAAGACCCAAUAACAGUGUAAAGUUGCUUCCAAUACCCAAUAACAGUGUAGCUUCAAUUUUGUCGUCUAAUUCUGGGGGAAAUGUACAUAAGGUGAUGAAAAGUGCUAACAAUUUAACAGUUUAUAAAAGAAGCCAAGAAAUUAUGGGUUUCAAGUGCCAUGAUUAUGAUGAUUUGUUAUUGACUUCGAAUGUUCGUCUAGGAGAGAAGGACAAAGGGAGCAUCUCUUCCGAAGAGAUAGAUGUGAUAUCUAAUAAGAAAAAAAUAGAGAAGCUCGUAAAAUAUGUGAACUCGAAAUUUUCUGGAAUGUCAAAGGUAAAUCUAAUUGCUCCGGGAUUGAACAAAACCUUCGACGAUUUUUCGAAUCUUCCGAUGAGAUCGCCUACAACGAAUCGUCGAGAUCGUCUACAACAACGAAUUGAUGCUCAGACUGAAAACUGCCAUCAUUAUUUUGCGUUUGAUAAUGAUUGUCGAAAAGUUAUUUCAAAAGAUGAAAUUUCAGAAUAUAACGAGAGGUGGAGUCACCAAUGCCAGACAUCGAACAGAAACAUCAAUAACUGCAGUGAUGGCGCUUGUAUAAAUCCAGACAAUUUUGUUUCCGACUGCUCAAAAAAUAAUAGAGAAUGCAAUUCGAGAUGCUCAGUUACACAAUCAUUCUCAGGAUUAGACGUGAAGAGAUCGUCUGUUUUAAACAAAGCAAGCCAAACCUCUCCAAUGCAUGACAGCGCACUUCUUGAUGAUGGGAAGAGAUCUACUCUGGAAAGGAUCAGAAAGCUGCGAUGUAGAACACGUAGGUUACGUGAGCCUGUACAGAAAGACUUUGUUGUCCCUUGGCGUUUGAGUUCUGUUUCUGUUCACGAUCCAGGACAGUUCAAUUUACCGAGUGCUAACAUUGGAGUUCAAGUACAAGACUCUAAUGCAAUUGAUUCAACGACAGUAAUUGAAUCUACUCAACCGAGUUUAUAUUUGAACUCUAAAUUAAAGCCAACCGUUAACUAUAACCUUAAUGAUGGUAAAUGUUUAAGGAAAACCACUACAGCGCUAAAUAAAUCUGAACUGAAGAGGACCAAGGUCGCCAAAUUUGAUUCGUCAAGACUUGGCGCUGGAACGUUGGUGACACCAUCCCGCGUCCCGCAUCCUAAUAAGUACACUGACGCAGUAUAUGCGACUACUUUGUGUAGCUUUAAACCUGCUCGAAAUUCUGACGAGAGUCACCAUCAUGCAGUUAGGUCUACCUACACGGAAGAAUCGGCUAAGAUACUGGAUCAAAAUUCUUCCAAAAGUGUUAUAGAAAUUUACGAUUCCUCUCUACCCCCUGAUAAAUUGAAUCUUAAAAGCUCAUUCCGAAGCUGCUGUGGGGUGGAAACCAUUUCUACCGUCGGGCGAAAUCGAAUGAAAUUUAAUCCGGUCGCAGCCGUUAACGACUCCGGGCUCAUAGUUCCAAGGCAAACCUUGAACAAUUUGCCAGAUGUUGAAUCACUUGCUGUUCCUGUUGAUGAAAUGGAUCCUUUCAUUACCGCAUUUCUCUCCAGUGCUUCGGCUGUUUCCAAGGACGGAAGAUCCUUUCCUAAAGAAGUGUUUAAGUUUACAGAAUUUAAGAAUUGUGAUUCUGAAUUACGCGUAAGAAGCCUUCUCACUACCGAUGCUACGAAAGUUCACCAAGCAAUUCCUCCUUUACUGAAAGCAGACAAAACUUCGACCAACAAUUCUCAGUUAUGUUUAGAAAGUAGUGGAAGUUCAACACAAGUCAACGGCCGUCGCAGUCUACCUACCCUAGAGGCUCGAAGUUGUUCAGAUGUUAAUCAGAAUUUAAAUGACUUUGAACGAAAAAUACUGCACGAAGAUAGUCGGUUCGUGCGAACCUUUGACAUUUUGAAUGUAACAGCUAAUUUUUCUUUUCCGUACCAAUACUAUUUGCUAAGUUGUAAGAGCAUUCCCACUUCUGGAGCAUGAAAUGGUAAUUGGGAAAGGAAUUGUCUAGAUUGAGUUCACAAUUUUUAAGAUAAUUUUUAAUUUGCAAAUCUAGGAUAAUAAGACUUGCUACUGGUGAUAACUCAGCCAACAUAUGUUUUUGCACGCCAUAGCGGUUCUCAACUUCUCAGCGGCUGCUUCAAGUCACGGUGUACUCGGCACUGCUUCACGGUUAAUGUUUUUAUUAAUACAACAGCAUUUGAACCUGGGAUACGAGCUGUUAAUAAUCUCGAUAAAAAACGCAAGACUUAUACAAAGAGUAGAGGUCAAGGUCUGGAAAAUAUCAAGCGUUUUCUACGCUUGGUAAGCGCUCAUGAUAUACGUUGCCUAUUUUUUCCAUCUGUGAGCCAAAAGCUCAGUGCAAGAAUUUUUGGCGCCGUCUUCAAGUAUUUACUCGUACAUUAUAAGUCCAAAUCGUGACUAAAAUUGAUUCUGCAAUUUCCAGUACCGAGUUUAGGUCGUAUGUAUUUAAUUUGUUUGAAAAAUUGGGAAUGUGCCUGUUUCAGAAAAUACUUACUGUGUAUUAUUAAUUUAAAAUCGAUAAAAAUUAGAAAGAAGUCUGAAAAUGAAUUGUAUUUUUAAGUUCAUGUUUUAUUUUUGUAUCUCUCUGUUUCUAAUUUGCGGGCAGUUGUACGGCAUCAAUAAAUUUCAAUAACUAUUAUAUUGUAUUGCAGUUAUUACCGAGGCAGAAAACUGAAAAGAUCUAAAGUUUCACUGCCAAUGAUGCCACCAUACUCUUCCUCAUCCUACCACUGUAAGAAAUGCUCAAAUGUUCAUAGAUGGGAACUUUGGUAUUUUUUCUCUUAUGUACCUAAAUUUAAACUUCAUUUAUGCUUUCAUUUGCUUGUUUUAUGUUGACAAUUCCUCAAAUAAGCAUCCCGAAAUUAGGAAUCAUUGGGCACACACUAUUUUAUAACAUUUUCCUAUGUAAAAUAUUUGUAGUACUUUAUUAAGAUAUGUUAUGAAAUCUUACGUUACAUGAUACUCCCAUUCUC